AACGAAGCGAAAACAGCCCCGUUGUCUCUCCUGAAUUGUAUCUCUUCAAAUCGUUUUCUUCUUCUCAGGAACUCCCCGUUUUUCCUCUUUCCUCGAACCCGUGAGUCUCGUUCCGCUGGCGCCGCACGCAGUCCCGAAGGCCGGACGACACCUAGCUGUUUGUUGCGCGGAGUUUCGAACCUUUGCGUUUUUUUGCAUGACUUUCUUUUCUUUCCUGUCUUUGAAUCUUUGCCGUUUCCAAGCCCCUCUGUGAAAGAAAAGGACGACGUUUCUCCUGCAUUGUCCUCUCUUUGUGCCAUACCGUGCCUGUCGGACCUCUAUAACGCCUUCCCGGUUGAGUAGCUCGACAAGCGCGGGUACAAGAGAGAACGUUUCCCUUUCCGUAUUUUCCUGAGUUUCGCCCUUGACAAUUGACUAUCCACUUAUUUUACCGUCCCUGUUCUACUUUUUUUCCGAGGGAUUUCGCUCUAGAAAACUCGAGAGCCUCUCCAUGUUCCGUAAAAAGGAUGUGUCUUGUCUCCGCAAUGUCGCGUUAACUCAUUGCGUUUCGCGUACCAGGGAAUAUCGUUUCUCUUCUUAGUGGGUUUCGUGCAACACAUUACCCACUUACCUCGAUUUUUCACUAGGACCGGUGCAUCCUUUUCUGUCCGCGUUUCUGCUCCGAAUCCCCUUGAAAUCCCCCCUCGUGCCGGUAUUUGGACCCUACCUCUAGGCACCACGACUAUUCUCUUUUAGAUUUUUCUUUUUUCAAACCAAAUCUUUUCCUUUUCUUCCGCCGCCCUUCCCUCUUUGUUGCGACGAGAUUCUGAAGAGCUCUCGUCGUCGAAACUGAGUUAACCACGAACAGAGCGAACGACAACUCACUGAAAAUGGCUUGCCUUGCCUGCCGCCGGUUUUUUCCACCAGACCGUCACGGCCGACACUGAGAGAUUUUCCGUUUGCGUUUGCUUGAGAACAUUCCAUCGCUUUCCUUUAUCCUCGUCUCCCCGUCUUCCUCUCGCUUGCUCCACGUCGCCUCCAGUGCCCUCCCCCCUCCGUCCCUAACCUGAGUAUCUCGUUUAAAUAUUUAAAUUCUCAUCCUUGCUCUUCUCAUUGUCCUCAUGACUCACAUACGUACUUAAACGCGUCCCCCCCCUUCUACAUAUAUGUAUGUUUAUGUAUGUAUUUUUUCCGCGCGUUUACUCGGAAAUACGUUUACACCAGUAUGUGUCUCUGUACGUGAGUGUAUUUCUCUGUCUACGUAGAGGCUGCUCUUCCGUCCUGCCCGUAAAGGACUUUUUCCCUGACACAAACCGCUGUGUCGCUUUACUUGAUUCUUUCAUCGCUGGUGACGCAUCCUCAACUCGCUUUUUUUCCGGAGAAUCCGAGACUUCUCGACGUCCACCACCCCCUUGUUUCCUUUUUUCCAGUUUGAUUCCUUUUUCGACUCAAAAUGCCGCCAAAGAAGGCUGCCGAGGGGGGUGGAGCAAAGAAAGUGGAGCGUAAAUACUCCGCAGUGGAGUUGGGGGAUUACCUUGUGGGAUCUCCUGUGUUUAUUCGAGAGCCGUCGAAAGAGGAGAAAUAUGUCAAGGCGAUCGUCAAGAGUAUCAGUGGAACACAGCUCACAGUCGAUGUUGACGGAAGCACAAAGACCGUGGAAGUUGCCGACUGCCUCAAUGCAAAUGUCGGAAUCGAUCCCGUCACCGUCGUCGACCUGGCCAAACUCCCUCAUGCUAACGAGGCCUGCGCCCUCGAAGUCAUGAGGGAAAGAUAUGUUCGCGACCAGAUCUACACAUACGCAGGGAGGCUGUUGGUGGCGAUGAAUCCUUUCAAACUCAUUCCAGGUCUAUACGAGCCAGCGACUCUGACCAAGUAUCAAAAUGCAGACACCUCUCGGGGGUUCCCAACAGACGUCCCUCCCCACACCUACGCCGUCGCGCAGACUGCCAUGGAUAUGCUCAAAACCACCAAAGAAAAUCAAUCUUGUGUUGUCAGUGGCGAAUCUGGAGCAGGAAAAACAGAGACCGCCCGCCAACUUAUGCAGUACUUUGCGACGUCGAAAGCCGGCACAGGUGGCGCGCGCAUCCAGGAAAUUAUUUUGGGAGCGAACCCCCUUCUGGAAGCCAUAGGGAAUGCAAAGACUUUGAGAAACAACAACUCUUCUCGAUUUGGGCGCUUCGUGUCUCUUGACGUCGCGCCGACGGGAGGCAUUCACGGAGGGAUCAUCAGCAACUACAUGCUUGAGUUGUCUCGAAUCGAGUUUCAAGGUCAAGGCGAGAGAAGUUACCACAUUUUCUACCAAAUGAUCAAGGGACUGCAGCCGGACGAAAAACAAAAGUGUGCUCUGAAAGACGCGCCCGACUACGAGUUCCUCAACAAAUCCGGAUGCUACGAAGUGGAAACUGUGAACGAUCUGAAAGAAUUCGCAGACGUUCGACAGCAACUGAAGCUUCUCUUUUCUCCAGAAGAAGAAAUCGACUAUUUCAAAUGUCUCUCUGCCGUCAUUCUUGCCGGAAACAUCAAAUACAAAAAUACCCAGGCAAUGGGAACUGACAAAGCUGGGAAGGUGGUAAACGAGGAUGACUUUCAGACAAUUGCGACGCUUCUCGGCGCUGAUGGAUCAGCUCUGAAUGAGGCCGUUACCAUCAAUGUGGUGGAAGUUCAAGGGAACGUGAUCAAGUCUCCACUGUCGGCAGAACAGGCGACGGUUAUGAUUCGGUCCAUGGCAAAGGAGCUUUACAAUACCCUCUUUGACUACAUCGUCAAAAGUGUGAACAAGCAAAUUCAGUUCGACGCAGAGUCGAAGCCGUGGAUUGGAAUUCUGGAUAUUUAUGGUUUCGAGUUCUUCCAGAAAAACUCGUACGAGCAGUUUCUUAUUAACUACGCAAACGAAAGGCUGCAGCAGUUCUUCAUUCAACAGGUCUUCCAGGCUGAGAAAGUAGAGUACGAAGCAGAAGGCAUUGACCAUUCGAUGAUUGUCUACUCCGACAAUGCCACAGUUUUGGAGGUUUUCGACAAACCAAAGGCCGGCAUUUUUGCGUACCUUGAGGAGCAGUGUCUCAUUCAAACAGGUUCGAGUGAAUCGUUUACGUCUGCUUGCCACAAGAACGUAAAGAAUCCAUGUUUCCAGAUUCCAAAGGGUGACGCCCGCUUUCUUUUUCUGAUUGUGCACACGGCUGCACCGGUCACGUACGACACCACCGAGUUCGUUCCGAAGAACAAGAUGCGUUUACCGAACGAGCUCCUCGUCGUUUUCAAGAGUGCCAAGAACUUGUGCAUGAAAAACGCAUUUGAAGAAAUCGAAAUCCCCGACACCAAAAACAUGCGCGGGAAAUUCGUGGGGUCGAAGUUCCAGAAGUCCAUGACGGGUCUCAUGACCACCCUCAAGUCCUCCCAUGCCCACUUCGGCAGAUGCAUCAAGCCGAACCAAGUGAAGAAGCCUCAAGUUUUCGAGACAGAAACGACGUUGGGGCAGAUGAUCAGUUUGUCGGUGUUGGAAGCCGUGGCAAUCAUUCACAAGGGAUUCGCGUACCGAGCUACUUUCCAGGACUUCGUUGAUGACAACAACGUUUUGAUGAGUGUGCUGGGCGCGAAAGUGGAAGGGAGCAACAUGAAGGAAGCUUGCGUAGCGAUGCUAGACCGUCUGGCGAUCCCGAAGGAAGAGUUCCAGCUUGGAAACACGAAGAUCUUCUUGAGGAAAACAGGCUGGCUCAUGAUCGACAAACAUUUCAGAACUGUCAUGGCCAACUUGAAGCCUCUUAUUCUCAAACUCCAGUCCAUCUACAGAGCCUACAAAGCCCGCACCCUGUUCCUGAGCUUCUCGCGCCGCGUAACGCGUGUACAAUCGUUGAUGAGAAGGUACCAGCUUCGGAAAUCUGCUCUGCAGAAGAAGCUCGGGUGCCGCAUCUUUGCAGGUUCCAUCUUCGUCGGCAUGUUCUGCCAGCUGCAACAACGCAGAGAGCGAGCAGCAUUGACUAUCCAGAGAAUCUUCAGAGGAUACAGAACGAGGAAACAGUGCCAAAAGGACUUACGACAAGUCAAGGCUCGCAUGCUGAUGAAGAAGGCAGCAGCAAUCGGGUAUGCAGGAAUUGGUGGUUUGCGGUGGAAGGCGUUUAUGAUCUCGCACAGAAAAAUAAGAGCAGCUAUCAAAAUCCAGAGCAACUGGAGACGGCAUGCUGCGCAGAAAGUCGCGAAGAAACUCCGCUACGAGCGCCUGCGAAACAAUGCCGCGACAGACAUCCAGAGAGUCUGGCGAGGCUACUUGGGAAGGCUGCGCGUACAACUCAUGCGGCUCCUCACCCCCUACGCAGUCACCAUUCAGAGAUUUUGGAGAGGGUAUCGAACACGGCAAUCGGCAAUGUAUCGUUCGCAUGCGAAGCUCUUCGACCGUAUUCGACGGGGAUUCGUCGAGGACCGAGCUCGCGUUGUUAUUCAGAGCUGCAUGCGUCGCUUCAUCGUCCUUUCGAGACUCCAAAAUGUCACCCAAGCUGCGUACAGCAUGCAGAAAUUCGCACAAGCCAAGCUGUUGCGCGUGUAUGUCUCCAACUUGCAUGCGGCGACUCUCACGAUCCAGGCUUGGUGGCGCGGCAACAGAGUCCGGCGCAUCCUGCAAGAGGAGAAACUGAAGUUGGUCCUUGCGGGUCAUUUGAUGCGCGCCGAAAAGCAAACCCUGCAGGAAUGUCAGCAAGCAGUCGUGCUUCUGCGAGAGAGAGAACUCAGAGGCAGGCUGAAGAAGUCCUGGCAGCUCGUCCACGUCAACGUCAGUGUUGAGCGAGAUGACGUCUACCCCAAGGGCUGGGCUGCUGGAAUUCGCACUGUGGAGAGCUUCAAUCCCGGAGCGGAUUUGUCUCACGUUGAACUGGGAGCCUUCCAUACAGUCGUGGCGACGAGCUCCGGCUACGUUUACACCUACGGCCUGAACGACCGCGGACAGCUAAGCAUCGGAGCGUCCUCGACCUCCGGCCUCCCUGUUCCUGUUCAGCCUAUAUCAGGCAUUCUUUUCCCCAUAAAAAUCGUACAAGUCAGCUGUGGCGUUGACCACACACUGCUCCUCGAUGCAGACGGCCGCGUCUUCGCUUGGGGGUCGAACCAACACGGCCAAUGCGGCUGUGCGCCUCGCCAGGAGAUCGUCCCUCAAGCCACAGAGGUGUACUUCGCCCCGGUACGGGGAGCCGUCAAUCCGAUGCUGAAACGAACGAUUUCAACUCUGAGCGCUGGCGCCUACCACAACGCUGCGAUCGACGACAAAGGACGCGUCUACAUGUGGGGUCGAGGCGAUCACAUUUACAUUCGCGGCGUUUUCAGUGAUGUGCCGUUGCCUCUGUGGAUUACUCACGAGUCGAUCGUGGACAUUGGACCUCUGGACCGUGUGGUGUGCGGUCUCGGCUUCACGUACUUGCUCGCGAAAGACGGGGCUUUGUACGUUUUCGGGCAAGCCAUCAACGGUCAGCUUGGGCUCGGCAGCAAACACCGACGCUCCCGCAUCGCAGUUCCGAUUGAAAACAUCGACGAACGCGUAACGUCAAUCAGCUGCGGAGUCCACACCACUCUCGCCGUUACGCCUUCCGGAACUGUCUACCAGUGGGGUGUCUUCCUGCUCUGGGAUCCGCAGUCUCAGGUCUGCGUUAAGGCCCAGUCGUUUGUCCCUAUGCCAGUCGAUUUGAGACGCGGAGGCAUCACGGGUGUCGCCGUUGAUGUGAAAGUCGGAUGGUGGGAAGGUGUCAUUCUCACUUCUGAUGGUCUUCUUUGGGCGUGGAAUUUCUUCGAUCAGCCAAGCGACGGCAUUUUCCGCCCCGCCGUGUACCAAUACAUUCUCGCCGAGGGCCAGUGUGUGAGGGCGGUCCACGUCGUUUCGUCUCCACUCUUCUCAGCUGUGUUUUCAAAGCUGGAGGGAGACAAAACAGCGGAAAAGGCGCGAGGCGCAGCUGCUGCUCCCUCUGCAAUCCGCACCCGUCCGUCGGUGAAUCCGAACUGGGAUCCCAUGGCCUACAACUAAGAUCUUUUUGGCGGCUGCCCGCUAGUGAGUGUUGACAAAAGGCCUUUCUUUGACUGUUUCGUGAUCCGCUUUCCAGCAAAAAAUAGCGACAGGUGGCCAGAAUCCUACGAAUUUCAUUUUGGGAUGUGUGAACCCCGCAAGUCUUGCGUCAGUUGUUCUCGCCGUGGUGGUGCGUGUCUGGCGGCCUACAUUGUGAAUCCCAAAAGGGAAACAGAGUGCCUGGAGGCGCAACCUUCCAGAACAAGGACACCGUCGCACGGCGUUUGUUUCUGCGGAAAAAUCCUCGAAUCACGAGAGGCGUAUGUCCGCCUGCUCGUUUCGCACCAGACAAACUUUCAAUAAACGAAAAAAACUUUUUAAUGCGAACGCCACCUCUCAGCGAGUAUCUGCUGCAGCCUAACGGUCGCACCGUCGUGCACCUCUUGUCUCAUGUUUUUCAACAGACUGAGUUUGUGAUACUUCCAAACGAGUCACGAGAAGAAACGCUCCACUCCUGGAACAAGCUGUCAAAACAGUCUCGAGUCAUCGACUCUCUCUGCUCCCUAGCG